AUGGCAAACACGCAAACACCACUCGCCAAUGGGGGCGUCGACACCCAUCACCACAUUUUUGAGCCUUCCAAAUUUGCCUAUUCACCUGACAGGCACCUCACUCCCCCCGCUGCAACUGUCCAGCAAUUCCAAGAAUUCAAGAAAGCCCAAGGCCUCACCAAAUCGGUGCUUGUUCAUGGGCUGUCAUACGGACAUGAUUGUUCCUCCUUGAAGCAUUUCUUGAAAGAAUUGGGACCCGAGACAACCCGCGGCGUUGCAGUGGUCGACCUCUCAACCCCGGAAUCGGAAAUGCAGGAGAUGCAUGCGCUCGGCGUGCGAGGAAUUCGCCUGGAUAUGUACAAGCACAAUGCCAUGCUGGACGUAGAGAAGCAGAUCUGGAUGCUGCGCUCCUACGGCGACAAAGUGCAGCAUUUCGGGUGGAGCCUGGCUAUGCUGCCGCUUAACCCCGAGAACUGGGCCCGUCUUGCACCAGUAAUCCGCACCCUUCCAGUUCCCGUCGUCACAGACCACCAUGCCCUUCUAAAGGGCACGAGCAUGCUCCCCGAAGGCAUGGACGUCCUCUCUCAGCCCGGCUUGGAGCCCAUUCUCGAACUUCUGAGGUCCGGCAAUUUCUGGAUUAAGCUGAGCGCGCCCUAUCGCUCUUCGGAUCAGGCGCCUCACUACGAUGAUAUGAAGCUCUUGGUGCAGACACUGGUGAAGACGAACCCAAAGAGAGUCCUCUGGGGAAGUGACUGGCCGCAUACCCCUCGGAUGAAGCUCCGUACAAAGGAGGAAGCAUUAAAAGAGACGCCGUAUCUCCAGGUGGAUGACCGGCAAUGGCUGUUAAGCCUGCGCGAAUGGCUCACUGAUGAGCAGUGGCAGCUGCUCAUGAUUGAAAAUCCCCAAGAACUUUUCUGGUGCGCUACCGAACAUCCCGCUCUACCGAAAGCGGGACCUUCGUCGGAAGCUGCACCCUCUCAUGACCUCGGCAUCGUCAUCGGGAAGGGAACAGUUCCUCAAGACAUGACGUUACUGCGCAACAUACAGCAUCUGCGCAGCUCGCUGCCACACACAAAAUGCGCAGCACGGCGCUUCGCCACUGUUUCUGGUGGAACAGGCAUCCAAGGCAUGCAAGUGCCGAUGAACCUGCUAGAGAAGCUUCAACGCAACCUAGAACUUCUCCGCCAGCGUCUGAACAGGCCGCUUGUGCUCUCAGAGAAGGUCCUUUACACGCACCUUUGCGAACCGGAAAUCCAAGAGCUCGACCGUGGAAAGUCGUUCCUCAAGUUGAAUCCUGACCGUGCGGCAUGCCACGAUGCCACGGCAACCAUGGCCCUGUUGCAAUUCAUCAGCGCAGGACUGCCAGAGGCUCAGUUGCCUGUCACCAUCCACGGAGACCAUAUGAUCAUGGCAGAGAAGGGCGCGGGGCCUGAUCUUGAGAAUGCGAAAAGGGAGCAUCGCGAGGUUUACGCAUUUUUGGCCUCGGCGUGUGCAAAGUACAAUAUGGGCUUCUGGAGGCCCGGGUCCGGAAUCAUACAUACCAUUCUUCUGGAAAACUACGCCUUCCCGGGUGGACUCAUGAUCGGAACCGACUCGCAUACGCCAAACGCCGGCGGGUUAGGAAUGCUUGGGAUAGGCGUCGGUGGAUCUGACGCCGUAGACGCCAUGGCUGGAAUGCCAUGGGAACUACAAUGCCCUAAGGUCAUGGGUGUGAGACUGACAGGGAAACUUCAAGGUUGGGCAAGCUCGAAAGAUAUCAUCCUUAAGCUCGCCGGGAUUGUAUCCGUCUCUGGAGGAAAGGGAAAGAUCGUUGAAUUCUUCGGCCCUGGAACCGAGACACUCGGUGCUACUGCUAUGGCAACGAUCUGCAACAUGUCGGCCGAAAUUGGCUCGACGUCCUGCAUCUUCCCGUACUCUGACGCAAUGGCACGGUAUCUGUCAGCAACGAAGAGAGACUUCGUAGCAGACGCCGCCAAGAACAAUAUGGGGCUUCUCCGCCCCGACGAAGGAAGUGACAAGUACUAUGACGAAGUCAUCGAGAUUGACUUGGACACUUUGGAGCCACAUAUCAACGGACCCUACACCCCUGAUCUAUCCCACCCGUUGUCUAAAUUUCCCACCGAGGUCGAGGGCAGUGAAUGGCCAAAAGAGCUAUCACAUGCCAUGGUUGGAAGCUGCACGAAUUCUUCGUGGGAGGACUUGAAGAAGGCCUCCGAACUGAUCCGUCAAGCCGAGUCGGCGGGACUGAAACCGAAAGUGCCGUUCUUCGUCACAGCAGGCAGCGAGCAGGUCCGAGCCACUGUGGAAAGAGAUGGUAUCCUGAGUGCGUUCCAAGAAGCUGGCGCUGUUCUCUUGAGCAACUCCUGUGGGCCUUGUGUCGGUCAGUGGAACAGGACAGAAGUUAAAAAGGGGGUGGCAAAUUCUGUUAUUUCUUCUUUCAACCGCAACUUUGUAGGAAGACAUGACGGCAACCCUGGAACCCACUCGUUCGUCACAUCGCCUGAGCUCGUCACGGCUUUUGCAUAUUCAGGAUCUCUCCAAUUCAAUCCGGUGACAGAUGAGGUCUUGGACAGCAAGGGGCAAGCAUUCAAGUUCACCCCACCCGUCGUCGACGAGCUCCCUGCAUCAUUCGAGAGCGGACAGAACUACUACCAAGGCCCCGCAGAGGACCGUGAAGCACUUACCGUCGAAGUAGACCCGAAGAGUGACAGACUCCAACUGCUCCAGCCAUUCGAGCCCUGGAAAGCUGGAAACGCCGAAGACCUGACCAUCCUCAUCAAAGUCAAAGGCAAAUGCACAACCGACCAUAUCUCCCCUGCCGGCCCCUGGUAUAAUUACCGCGGCCAUCUCGAAAAUAUCUCCAACAACCUCCUCAUCGGUGCCGAAAACGCCUUCCUCCCUGGCGCAUCCAACCGUGGUCACACUCGGGAUCUCACCACCUCCCCAACCCCAGCUAUCCUCCCCGUCCCUGAAGUCGCCAAAAAUUACAAGCGUUCUAACAUUCGCUGGGUCAUCAUCGGUGAGAACAACUACGGCGAAGGCUCGUCGCGCGAACACGCCGCACUCGAGCCGCGCUACCUGGGUGGCGUGGCGGUCGUAGCCAACUCGUUCGCCCGUAUCCACGAGACGAACCUCAAGAAGCAGGGGAUGCUUCCGUUGACGUUCGCUGACCCGGCAGCGUACGACAAGAUUCAAGCUGACGACAGAGUGGACAUCUUGGGCGUGGAGGACAUCAGGCCCAGCGAGCAGCUAACGAUGAGGGUGAGAAGGAAGGAUGGGGAAGUUUGGGAAACGAAGCUGAAUCAUACGUUCCAUGAGGGCCAGAUCCGAUGGUUGAUGUCCGGAUCGGCGUUGAAUUAUAUCAAGUCGCAGAAGUCAAAGACGGGGUUUUAG